AACACUCUAAUCACUAUCUGUCAAGUGUAGUCAAGGGGUGCCGAGAAAAACCGAGUUCACCUUAGAAAUUCAAUAAAUUCCGCUACAAAAUAUCAAAAAUGGCUCUGGCAUUCCGUGGUGCUUUAAGAUCUGUGGCGAGGAGGCUCCAAGUGCGUAGCUAUGCAGAUGCUCCUAAAGGUGACGAAAUGGCACUCACAUUUGCUGCUGGCAACAAGGUAUUCUACGACAAAAAAGUUGUCAAGCAAAUUGAUGUGCCAUCUAUGAGCGGAGCAUUCGGUAUCCUGCCCAAACAUGUCCCCACACUCGCUGUCCUGCGCCCUGGUAUUGUUACUGUGACGGAAAAUGAUGGAAAAGUUAGCAAAAUCUUUGUAUCUUCUGGCACUGUCACAGUUAACGACGAUUCCUCCGUUCAGGUCCUUGCUGAGGAAGCCCACCCUCUGGAAAACCUUGACCGAGGUGCAGCCCAGGAGGCCCUUAGCAAAGCUCAGUCUGAAUUAAGUUCCGCUGCUAACGAGAAGGCCAAGGCUCAGGCAGCUAUCGCAGUAGAAGUCGCCGAGGAGAUUGUCAAGGCUGCGUCUGGUUAAUGUGUUCAAUCGACACUGCCACUGAACAGUUAGUGUUAAAAGAACUAUUUAAUUUACGUCUCUGUAUGAAUAAACGCCGUUUCCAGUAGAA